AUGGCGACACUCAGAUCUCUCGGCCGGGCGUCUUUGCGCCAGCUUUCUGCGCGUUCUUCUGCUUCAAUUGCCACAAAUCACGCCAGAAUACUGCACCAACAAUGGCGGGGCUACGCAACCACCUUGGAGGCACAACAGAAGGUGCUCUCUCAGGACCUCGAGCAAGCAGAUCCCACCGUAUACAACAUCAUUGAGAGGGAGAAGAACCGACAGAAACACUUUAUAAACCUUAUUCCCUCGGAGAACUUCACAUCGCAAGCUGUUCUCGAUGCUCUCGGCAGUGUCAUGCAGAACAAGUACUCGGAAGGAUACCCAGGCGCACGAUACUACGGAGGAAACGAGUUCAUCGACCAGGCCGAGCGCCUCUGCCAGGAACGAGCGCUCAAAGCAUUCGGUCUAAGCUCCUCAGAGUGGGGAGUCAAUGUUCAGCCUCUCUCCGGCUCUCCUGCGAACCUCUAUGCCUACUCCGCCGUCCUCAAUACUCACGACCGUAUCCUCAGUCUCGACCUACCGCACGGCGGCCACUUGUCGCAUGGCUACCAGACACCAACCAAGAAGAUUUCCGCCGUCUCCAAAUACUACGAAACCCUUCCUUACAGACUUGACGAGAAGACUGGCCUCAUCGACUACGAGAAGAUGGCCGAGCUGGCGCGUUUGUAUAGACCCAAAGUUAUUGUGGCUGGAACAUCAGCCUACAGCCGGCUGAUUGAGUAUGAGCGUAUGCGCAAGGUCGCAGACGAGGUUGGAGCGUACCUCCUCUCGGACAUGGCUCAUAUUUCCGGUCUCGUCGCAGCAGGCGUCAUUCCCUCUCCAUUCCCGUAUUCCGAUAUCGUCACUACCACAACCCACAAGUCGUUGCGCGGCCCUCGAGGUGCCAUGAUCUUCUACCGCAAGGGGACAAGGAAAGUGGAUAAGAAGGGCAACGAGGAGAAGUACGACUUGGAGGGACCCAUCAAUGCUUCGGUGUUCCCAGGUCACCAGGGAGGCCCUCACAACCAUACCAUUACUGCAUUGGCUGUAGCCCUGCAACAGGCGCAAAGCAAAGAGUUCAAGGACUACCAGCAGCAAGUGCUCGACAAUGCCAAGGCUCUUUCACGCCGUCUGGGGGACACGAAAGAGAACGGCGGUCUAGGCUACAACAUCGUCAGCGGCGGCACUGACAACCAUCUGGUGCUCGUUGACCUCAAGGAUCGAGGUGUAGACGGAGCGCGGGUAGAGCGCAUUCUCGAGCUGGUUGGCGUUGCAUCCAACAAGAACACGGUGCCUGGUGACAAGUCAGCCAUGAAGCCCGGUGGUCUGCGUAUAGGCACCCCCGCCAUGACUACCCGCGGCUUCCAGCCAGAGGAUUUUAAGCGCGUCGCUGAUGUCGUGCACCGCGCUGUCGGCAUCACGCAGAAGCUCGACAAAGAGGCCAAGAAGAAGGCAGAGGAAAACGCCCGCAAGAACCCUGGCAGUGUAGCCGCGUUCAAGGAGUAUGUGGGAGAAGGCGAAGACAUCACAGAUAUUGUACAGUUACGAAAGGAAGUUGAGGAUUGGGUAUCUACAUUCGCUUUGCCUUGGGACAAGGCGCAAUAA